AUGGAGGUGUCAACGAAGACUCCUCCAGAAAAACCGAGUACAUCGGAGACUAUGAAUGCGUCAGAGUCUGCUCGCAUUAUAGAGAGUUGUAAAAUUCGGAUAUUGAAAGUGAAAGCAAUCAAAGAUGCCGUUAAAGAAUGCGAAUCUGCAUCCAUGCUUAGGGACCUUUACAGAAACAGGUUGUCCUAUGAAACUUCACAUCUAGAAACAAUGGAAAAACGAAGAAAUGCUAUUUUGAAAAUAGUAAAAGAAAAUAUCACCAAAUUCCCCAAGCAUAAGAACUUUUUGCAGACAUAUGCUGCUGAAUUUGAAAAAGCUGUAAUUCUACAGCAGUCACUUGUGACCAAAUUAGGCGAGGUUGAUGGACCAUAUGAAACAAUAAAAAGAUGGUUGGAAUUGCCUGCCACAAAAUCUCAGCCAGAAGAUUGGAAAAAGCAAUAUGUUGGCCUCCGUGAAGAACAUGGAAAGAAAGUCACGCAGCUUAAAAAAGAGAAAGAGGUGCUGAAAAAUACAAUUCAGCAACUGGAACAGUGCAGGAGGAAAUUGAGUGAUCUUCAGACCAAUAUCAAUAUUGAAUUGAAGAUGGCUGUAAGUGUAUCUGCAAAACAGAUGAAGGCAAAGAAAGCUCUGAAAGGGCUGAAGAAAGAGUUGAUCAGUCGGCGUGACAAGUCUAAAGAACGAUAUGAAGACUUAAUGGAAGAGGAAAUUGAAAUUCGUGGAAGACUUGUAAAGGAUAUAACAAAGAUUUCUGAGGAGUUGGAAGCCUUCAAUGAAGAACGAAUUGGAGUUAUCAAUAGAACUCUUGCUCGAUUUUCCUUGAUCCUGAACAAACAGGAAACUAACAGAAGGGAACUAAAAGAGGCAACAUUUGAUCUGGUAGCAGCAGCUUCAACCAAAUAUAAGAAAUUACCGGAUAGAACACUGACGGAGCAAAACAAGAACUGCUGCAACUACAAAUUCCCAAACUUCGCUGAACAUCUGAAAGCAAUGUUACCAGAGAAUACAUCAGCCCAGGAGGCAGAUUCACAGCCUGGCACAGGCUCUGAAGACACCACAAAAACUUCCUCAGCUGAGGACCGUGAGCAAAGCUUGACAAAGUCUUCAUUAGCUAAAAAUGUAGAGCAAUGUUCAAUGAAGGCAUCCUCUUCCAAAGAUACAGAGUACAGCUCACUGAAGCCUUCCCUCUCCAAAGAUAAAGAGAACAGCUCUGAGAAACCUGGCUCCUCUAAGGAUACUGAGUACAGUUCACUGAAGCUCUCCUUCGAUAAAGAUUACCACACGCCAAACUCUUCCCCAUCUAAAGAUUCAGAUGGUAAAGUAAAGAAACAAACAGUCGAGGAUGAAGAUGAAACAAAACGGGUAAAAAAGGUCAAGAAAGCUGUAAAGCAGGAUGUAAGCCCUACAAAAAAAGUAUCAAGUAGGAAAGUUGCACCUAAAUCUGCUGAAAGUGAAGAUCAACCAGAAAGAAACUUGCCAAACCCAACCCAACAAAAUGAGGGGAAAAAACCAAAGAAAAAACUGCCUCCUCCACCCCAGCAAGAUGAGGAUCAACCAGAGCAUAACUUUCCUAAUGGGCCUGAGCAAAAUGAGGAAAAACCAAAGAGAAAACUUCGUCCUCCACCUCAGCAAAAUGAGGAUCAACCCGAGCAUAACUUUCCUAAUGGGCAUGAGGAAAAUGAGGAAAAGCCAAAGAGAAAACUUCGUCCUCCACCCCAGCAAAAUGAGGAAAAACCAAAGAGAAAACUUCGUCCUCCACCCCAGCAAAAUGAGGAUCAACCAGAGCAUAACAUUCCUAAUGGGCAUGAGGAAAAUGAGGAAAAGCCAAAGAGAAAACUUCGUCCUCCACCCCAGCAAAAUGAGGAAAAGCCAAAAAGAAAACUUCCUCCUCCACCCCAGCAAAAUGAGGAAAAACCAAAGAGAAAACUUCCUCCUCCACCCAAGCAAAACGAGGAAAAACCAUCCCCAAACCAGGACGAGGAUGCACAUGAUAACCCUGAAAAGCCACCUCAAAUUCCUAGAAAUGAUUGGGCAAGCAGUGAUGAGGAUGAUGAUUUUCCUGUUGGAGAUUAUCAACAGCCAGAUCAUAUCGUGUUUGAAUUGGAUGUAGUUCCUCCUUCUGGCCGAGGUGAAGCCCUUGAAAAAUUUCGCCCCCUGAAAGCACUUUUGUCUCACAGAGCUACAGACAGAACUUUCCUCAGCUUCAAGAAAGGCCAAAAGUUGAUGCAGACCCAUGUAGCUACAGAGGAAGGCAUUGCCUAUGGUUACACACGAAAACACAGCUACAGCAAGGUCAAAUAUGGAUACUUCAAUGUACGAGAGAUGAGAACAUGGAAGUCUACCCCAAAGAACAUCCUCAAGAACUUCUUCAUUUAA